UUUCACUAGUAUCAGGUGAUAUUUACUAUGUAGAUCAGUGAGUGGGGAGUACCAACCAGCUACCUGGGACGGACGCGGAUACGGGAUAGAUGUGUUUAUGAGCUGUGUCUUCGCUUGGUUAAAGUGUAAACAUGAGUGAAGAGGCGGAUGACUCUACCACCCCUCUCCUAUCAACGGGAGGGCAGCCAAAAGUAUACGCCCGUCGAUGGUAUAUUUUGAUUAUAUUUGGGAUGACCAACUUCACUCAGAAUCUCGUUUGGAACACAUGGGGUCCUAUUGCACAGUCUGCAAAGGCUGUGUUUGGAUGGAGUGACGGUCAGAUAGGACAGUUUGCCAAUAUUGGAAACAUUGCAUACCUUGUCACGGUAGUGCCGGUUUGUUAUCUGAUUGAAAGACUGGGAUUACGUAAAGCAAUACUUGGCUGUACUCUCUUGAUAUUCAUUGGAACAGGAUUAAGAUGCAUAACUUAUGAUAAAGAAGCAUUGACAUGGUUGUCCUAUGUGUGUUCAGUAUUGAAUGGAAUAGGAGGAAUAGUGCCCUUUGCUGGACCAUCAUUAGUGGCCAACACUUGGUUUCCUCUCAGUGAGCGUGCAACAGCCACUGCAGUGUCAUCAGUGUUCAUGUACAUGGGUAUUGGAAUUUCCUAUAUCAUUGGAACUGAAUGGGUUUCAUCUCCAGUACAGAAAAACUCCACAGACCAAAUCAACAUCACUGCUGAUAUUGGUUCCAUUACAUGGUUUUCUUCAUGGAACUCAGAAGGAACCCUUUUUACAUCUAAUUCCUCAGAUGAAGAAGUAACCAAUCUGGAUGCAAUGAGGACAGACAUCAUGAAUAUGCUGUAUUCUGAAUGUGGCCUCGCUGGUUUGCUCUUUCUGUUUAGUCUUCUGUAUCUUCCCGCCAAACCGCCAACACCACCAAGUACGUCUGCUUCUGUCCAGAGAACUAACUACAAGGAAUCUCUUAGAAGUGUGGCUAGGAAUGGAUCUCUCAUCAUGUUGUGUUUCGCCAUUGCCAUACCCAAUGGAGUGUUUGGAAGUUGGCAAGCUGUACUGGAUGUGCUACUGGAUCCAGUUGGGUUAGAUCAAAGUGAAGCUGGAUGGCUGGGGUUCUACAUGACGAUUGCUGGGGGUGUGUCCGGGCUUCUAAUUGGAAGAUUUUCAGAUAUAUUUUUGAGAAACACCAAGUUCUUUUUAAUCUUGAUGAAUGGCGCAGCAACUCUAGCUUACGUUUGGUUUUCUCUUAUGAGCUCUGGAAUCAUACCUAUCUCUAAAGUUCAAAUUUACAUUGCAACAAUCAUCGGAGGAAUGUUAAUCAAUGCCUCUCUUCCAUUGGCUUUCGAGAUGGGAUCUGAGUUGGCAUUCCCUGUGUCAGAGGGGAUAGUGGGGGGACUCCUUACUUGUUUGAUCAACCUGUCUGGAAUCAUAUUCCUACUGGUGCUUCUAAUUCCAGACAUAGGGACGAGUUGGAUGAACUGGUUCCUAGCAGGAAGUGUGUUCCUAGGAUUUGUUCUACUCUUCUUGUUUCCAGCACGGUAUAGACGAACUGAUAUAGAUGUUGUAGUCCAAGUUAAUGAUGAUGAAACAGAUAAUAGUCCCAAUAUCAGUACUACAAUAAAGGAAAGGUCAACAAUAUAUGAAUAAUGAUCAUAAUUUAUUUCUAUUACUAUAUACUUUGAUCAGUAAUUUAUUCCAAUGAAAGAUGUAUAUGAUCUGAGAUUGGUUACAUGGACAGUCACUUUAUAUAUAGAAGUUCAUAUAAAUAAUGUAAUAAAACAAAGCAGUGUGUAAUGAUACAUAAGGAAUUGAUAGAUGAUGGGCAAUUUACAGAUCUUAUGUUGAUCUAUUACUUUUUUUAUCAUUUAAAGCUUGGAAGUUUCAUAUGUUUCAUUUGAAAUAUUUAUACAAAAAGAAAGAAAAUGUCAGAAAGAUUCACCAGUUUAACAAUUGCAUGUCAAAUUAAUGCAAUGUCAAAAUUCAUAGAAAUAAAUGUGUAUUUAAGUAACUGUAAAAUAAUUUUUUUAAGAAACACAGAUUAAGAUAUUCAUUGAUUUAAGAUAAAAUAAUAAGUUAAUGAUAAUAAUUUAAGUUUAUGAAAUGUAAUCUUUCUUGACAUAAAAUGAGAUUUUCUAUGAAUUUAAAGCAAUUUGUUAACUGAAAGGAAUAUUCCCAAAUUCUUUUCAUGAUUAAUUCAGUGUUAUUAAAAAUAUCACUAUUGGUUCAUUUUGGAAAGAAUUGCCUUUUCCCGUUUAAUUCCUUUAUUUAUAUUCAACAGUUCCCGCUAAUAUUGUACCAUAAAAUUAUUCAUGAUUGUAGAAGCAGAAACAUUUGAUAAUAAACAUUAAAAGAAUUUACAUUAGCAAAUGUGCUGUACAUAUUUAUUGAUUAAACAGGCAAUGAAACAUAUUUAGAUUUGAAACAAACACAACGCCACUAUUUCUUAUCUUCCGUUUUUCUCAAUUCUGUACUAAAGAAUGUUAAGGUUAUUUUUUUUAAAAUAUAUCUUAUUAUUACCUAAUCAAAGGGAUUUUGUUGUUUUAUUACAUAUUAUUAGUAAAUAUUUGCUUCUAUUUUGUAUGUGUAUGCAGUUUUCUCAACUAUUGAAACCGUUCUUACUAUUGAACUGCCGGUCAAUAGACUGCGAUCUAUUGGACCGGCAACGUAUUUCAGAAUGCGGGUAUGUUAAGGCUUCCCGAUUGAUUUCACAGCGAUUUGUAGAAAGUCACUUGUCUGUAAGUCAUGAUAUGAGGUCAUAACUAACUUUGACCUCACGAUAUGCUUCCUUCGAUAUAUCUCUGAGAAUGUAUCGUAACGUUACUGUAUUAGUGAAUUUUAUUGACUCGGCCUCGGGCAAUUAUGGAUCGUACUUAGCUGUUCCCUGCACCUCGGGAAAAAUAUUCGGGUCUAUUGACUACUCAAGCAUUAAAAAUUGUUUAUACUUACACAGUUAGAUAAUGUGCAGAAUAUUUUUAUUUUAAUAUAUUUGAAUGUAUUAUAUGUGUAUCUUACUUUUAAUCACACAUUAUACAGAGAUAUUUAUUCAGUGUUUCAAGAUGGUAAUCUUUGCUGUGAUAAAAUACUUAAUAUUCUUAUUUUUUGUUAUAUAUACAAAGAAAGUGGUUUAAUUUGACAAAUUUUGUUACACUUUGUUGAUUUUCUUCCUAUUUCGUCUUUAUUGAUGUUAAACAAUUGAUUUUAAUAAAGAGAAAAUAUUGCACUGAGUAUUUGCAUUGUUUUA